AUGAUGAUGGACACGACAACCCCGAGCGUCUGUGAGCGCGAACUUCGCGGUCACAAUGGGCCAGUGAACGCCGUACGCUUCAACUCCACAGGAACGUACGUCAUGACCUGUGGUCAGGACAAGACCAUCAAGCUCUGGAAUCCCCAUCGAGACGGCGUGGAGAAGCCCAAAGAGGCGCUACUGAUCAAGACGUACAAGGGCAGACAUGGCUAUGAUGUACAGGACGUGGCUAUAGCUCAGGAUAACUCCAAGUUUGCGUCCUGUGGGCGGGACAAAGACGUGUUUAUGUGGGACGUGCCGACCGCCCAAGUAAUCCGCAAGUUUGAGGGACACGAGCAUAGUGUGAACUGUGUGCGUUACAAUGCAGAUUCGUCCGUGCUGCUGAGUGGGUCGUACGAUAAGACUAUCCGGGCUUGGGAUAUAAGAGCUCGAAACUCCUACAUGCCGAUUCAGAUUCUCGACGACUUUCGGGAUAGCGUCACCUCGAUGGUAGUUGCGGAUCACGAGAUCAUUGCAGGGUGUGUUGAUGGUGUCGUGCGGACGUACGAUUUGCGUGCGGGGCAACUCUUCUGCGAGCAUAUCGGUGUGCCGGUCGUGUCAGUCGCGCAUUCCCCUGAUCAGCGCUUCCUCCUUGCUGGAUGCUUGGAUGGCUCUAUCCGGCUGAUCGAGAAAGCUAAUGGGACAGAAGUGCAACGCUAUCGCGGACACAGCGUUUUAGAUUACAAGAUCGAAUGCGGCUUGUCAAGUGACGGCGCCCUCGUGCUCACUGGUUCCGAGGACGGAAAAGUGUACUGGUGGGACAUCGUCAACGCCAAACAAACGCAUUCCUUUACAGCACACAAGAAAGCAGUGCGCGCGCUCGUGAGCCAUCCAGAAAGCACCAUGUUCGCCACGGGCUGUAUCGAUGGCUCGGCGAAAGUCUGGUCGAACGUUCACCAAAAUGAGGCACAACAAGUAGAAUAA